UCACCGGCCAUAGCCGGUCGCCGGUUAUAAGAAUGGCUCCAAAUUGGAACAUUCCCUUCGCUCGGAUCGUCCCGUCACCCGGUUUCUCUCACCGCCGAUUGCAUCUUCCCCGUCAAUCCUGAGGAUUCUUUUGUUGUUUGUUUCCCGAGAAAUUCGAGACCCUAGUUUUUUCGCCAGGGUUCCGCUUGAAGCCUAUGCGAACAAGGAGGUGAUUUCUCGCGUUUUCUGAUCACCAUGAGCGCCAUCAACAUCACCAACGUCACCGUCUUGGACAAUCCGGCCCCAUUUCUUACGCCUUUCCAGUUCGAGAUUUCUUACGAGUGUUUGACUCCUCUCAAAAACGAUUUGGAAUGGAAGCUUAUAUACGUAGGGUCAGCAGAGGAUGAGACCUAUGAUCAACUUCUAGAGAGUGUUCUUGUCGGACCUAUUAAUGUUGGAAACUACCGGUUUGUACUACAGGCUGACCCUGCAGACCCAUCAAAGAUACGCGAGGAAGACGUCAUUGGUGUGACUGUGCUUCUCUUAACUUGCUCGUAUAUGGGUCAGGAAUUCAUAAGAGUCGGUUACUACGUGAACAACGAUUAUGAUGAUGAACAGCUCAGAGAAGAGCCUCCCCCCAAGGUUUUGGUAGACAAGGUCCAGAGGAACAUUCUCUCCGACAAACCAAGAGUGACCAAGUUCCCUAUCAAUUUUCAUCCGGACGAUGAGCAGACAGGUAGUGAUAUCCCGCCUCCACCCGAACCAUCUGAUGAUUCUGAUGUCAAUGGAGAAACACCAGUUUUGCCUGAGCCAGCCACCAAAGCCCCGUGAACAUUGAUUCUUGAGUCUGAGUUUCGUUAUUUGCGAGCUGCUAGAGUGCCAUCGUCUCCAUCCAACUCGAAAAAGAUAGAACAUUUUGCUGUAGUCUGUAGAUGCUUUAGGGAAGUGAUACUUGAACUCUUUCAGUGUUCUUGUUUUUUUUCCCUUCGGAUUUGGAACUAUAUUUGACAGGAACAAGCCUUUUGCAGGGACAUCAUUUUCAGCGUCCAUUAUGCUUGUCUCGAUGAAAAAUGCCAUAACAUUUUGCUGUUUCUUUCUUGAACUUUUAAGCUGCAGUUUGUGUUA